AUGGCUGGUAAGUAUUACAAUUACAUAAGAAGUUAUAAACAUCUUCUAGAAUUUCAGCCAAAUAUUUUGUGGCAAUUAUUAACACAAAUUAUGUGUAUGUAUGUACAAAUCUGAUGUUGUACCACAAUCCUCUUCACCUAAACUAAUGAAUUUCAACGCAAUGAUAUCAUUGUCAAUUGAUCUUCACAGAUACAUUUUUGCCCAAAUUGUUUUACAUGGCCGGCAAGAUUAAAUCUAAUUUGAUUCAGACGUCAAACUUACACUAGGCGGUCCAAAUAAUUUUCAUAAAAGAUUACAGUCAAAUCCGGUGUUCCGUUGGGGGCAACAUUGCAAUAUUGUCAUGCAAUAUUGCAAUAUCGAUCCGCUGAUUGUAGCAAAUUGCAACAGACACAAACAAAUUGCAAUUUUUACAGUAUUAAACUGUCAACUGCAAAAUUCAAAAGUUCAUAAUAUGAUUUGGAAUCAAGUUUGUAAAUAAAGCCCGAUUGGCCACUAGUACAGAACAAGCCAAUCAAAUGCUUGGCAUUGACAUUUGGGCACGGCCUUUCGACAAAUUUUCAACACGUAAAAAUUGCAAUUUGUUUGCGACAGUUGCAAUUUGCUAGAGCAAUCAGCCGAUCAAUAUUGCAAUACUGCAUGGCAAUAUUGCAAUUUUGCACAGCUUGACACAUACAAUUGAUGCUGAUAAAUCACCUCUCCACAGACAAAGCUACUGUCACACAAAAGUGGAAUGGACGACAUAAAAUACUCCACGCUGGACCCUUUAUACCCGAAAGUAGGAACAACAAACAGAAACAUAUAAAUUGUAAUUCUUGAACAAACAAAAAGGCAGAAUCUGUAAUGCAAGCCAGAAACAGCUGAAAAGGAUAGCAAAUUGCAAUAAGCGACUAUGCAUGCCUAAAAAAAAGCUAAGAGUUAAACAAUUGAAAAAAUUAAGGGCUAUAUAUUCAGCCCUUCAGGUAUCUGUUUAAAGUCCUGGCUAAUAAUAAUUUAAGUACGGCCAAUACUGUUUUGCUCUACUGAGGCUCUGGCUAUAUUAAUUGAUGAGCAAAGCGAGACUAUGCAAAAGAAUGGAAGGUUGAAGCUUCAAGUGCACUGUGAAUUGAGUGAUGGAGUGAAGCUUUGUCUAUUUGGUAUACCGGUAUUGUCUGAGUGCAAGACCGGGCUAAAAAUUUCAGCUUGCCAUGACUGCAAGUACCGGCAAAUUACACAGCCUCGGGCGAACGGCUGUCAAAUGUUUUCUUAGCGCUGGCGAAAUUCACCGUUCGCCGGCCUAAAACAAGAUGGGUGUAUAUUAUAUAAAUCAUUUGGAAUAAAUCAAUUUGGUUACAACGAAAAAACACCAAACAAGACAAGACAAGACAAACUUGCAAAAUAACAAAGCUCACCCUUAGCAGCACAAAUGAUAAUAUGACAGACAGUAACAACUGAGUAAGUAUUAGAAAGUAUUAGGCAUAAUAUUAAGUAAGUGACUACAAGCAAGCACAAAAAAUAAGAGAUUAUAAUAAUUAUGUAAUUAAUUUAAAUAAGUGAUUUUAAAAGUGAUUAUACAGUAGACAACAAGCCAGGGUUAAGUAUAAUAACUAUGUGACUGGACAACAAUAUAACUAGACAAGGUGCGUCAGACGGCUGCAAGCACACAGAUAAACAUUUCUUACUCCACUAAUGUUACAGGCACUUCAGAUGACAGCAGCGACCAAGAAACACAAUUAUUAUAACUAAAUGAUAAGUUGAUAACCUCAUGGGCGGGGUAACCCCCCCCCCCUGCAAAGAAUCUCUCUAACACCUCAAAUUAUUUCCUCAAAUUAUUUCCAAAGAAAACAGUAAAUAACUGAGUAGAAGUAUCUUAGGCCUAUUGUUUUUUAACCUAUUGGUUGCAAAAUCAGUUUUAAAUAAAUUAUUAAAUUAUUAAAUUAAAAAAUUACCUCUUAUAAAGUGUUCAACCCCUGCUUCACCCCUCCUAUUUUGUGUAAAAGUCUUUGCUUCACCCCUCCUAUUUUGUGUAAUUUAGUCUUUUCUUCACCCCUCCUAUUUUGUGCGAAAGUCUUUAACGGCCUGCCAUUAAAGCUCGCUCUUUGUUGCUGCUUGCACCCCACUAGAACGUUUUCCACCCCUCCUUUCAUAAAAUGAAAAUCCGCCCUUGGAUAACCUCCUGUGUAAAACCACAAGGGAACGCAAAGCUAUGCAUGCACGUAUCUCCCACCAGACUUGUGACUUACAGUAAAUAGCCUUAUUAUUGGUCUGUAUAAGUAAUGAAUAAUUGAAUAAUAUGAAUGUAAAGCUUGUGCUUGAUGCUAACUAUUUUUAUUGCAUAAAAUCAUUUAACAGUAUUUAUGAUCAGCAGUGCUGUCGUCUAAUGGCAUAUAAAUAUGGUUGGUUCAUGUGAAUUUCAACGUUUGAAUUCAACUUAAUCCAAAGUCGAAAUUCCCAUCAAGCAAUAUUGAACUCUUUUAUUGUUGGAUCAGUCGUACUUAAAGUACCAGAGAACUGUGGAUUGAGGAGGAUUCAACUCAGUACAAAAUACAAGAAAAACUCAACGUUUCGAGGAAAGGUUCUUCAUCAGGAAUUAAAACAGUUCACAGAAGCCAAUCCAGAUUAUGUUCAUUUUAGGCUUGUGUUCACUGUUUUUAUUUUCACUUUGUAUUCCCAGAGGAGGAUCCAGACAGCAGUGUAGCGCGGGCUCGUCAUCGUCAGAAACGUGGUCUUCUGAAGCUGUACUAUGGAGUUGGAGAGGAGCCCGGAGAGACUCCAGUUAAUCCUUGUGAUAUCAACGGCGCUCAUUUUAAACCCGAUGCAUACAUGGAGAAAUUACUGAAAGAGAAAAGUUUAACUGAACUCAUGGAUAAGGAGACUGAUAUUACGAAACGUAAGGAGUUUAAAACAUAGUACUUCUCGGCCAUUCACCCAUCUUUUGGUCUUUGUCGUUGAAAAAAAAAAUUACAUGAAUUACUGUAGUAUAGGCUAAGGUGGUUAAGGAAGAAACGAAACCGAAAACCGACCUCACAGAAUGGACAAUUUUUGCAGUGUCUGCACAUCGUCUUGCGCAAACUGAGUUUGGUGUUUGUUUAUGAAUGUGGCCCGGCCUUAUCCUGAUCCAGACAAAACAGCGCAAAAUGCGUCGCGUUGUCGAAUCGCGUCCGGUGUGUCUGAAACUAGGGCUGAAACUUAAGUCAUGGCGCGGCGGCACGCGCGGUUACAGGUUUUUGGCUGAGUUUGAAUUCUGUAUCGUAUAUAAUCUCUGCUGACGUAUAAAAACCUCGAUAAAACACGCCAUCUUGACGCCAUUUCAUUGCACAAAGCAAUAAAAAAGCAAAAAGGACGUACCUUGCAGAUCUUGCAUAUUGUUCCAAUUCUGAAAAAUAGCUCUGAUGUUUAUCGGUAAUUAUCGAUAGACCGCCCCCAGCCUACCACGAACUGCGGAGAAUGUGAUAACCAAAUAAACUGACGUUUCUUGCCAAUUAAUUGUAAGCCUGUAUUUCCGCAUGUUUCACGUUUGACGUUUACGUUUAAACGCGGUGUGCUGUUAGAAAGAUAUGUCAAUCAUAAAGUAAACGUGAAUAUUAAGAUAUCUUCUAUUCAUCUUCUUUUCAAACUUAAAGAGAUCAAAUCCUUGGAUAGCGACAUGCAAACCUUGGUAUAUGAAAAUUAUAAUAAAUUCAUCAGUGCAACAGACACCAUCCGCAAGGUUUGUGACCAUAUUCAAAAUCUUAGAUUUUUACUGACGGUUUUAUUACAGUAUGAUUUAGUUUAGUGUGUUUACCAUUCUGUGGUGGAGAUGCCUUAAGGUUACAGAACACCUUUGAGUGUUAAUUUUGCCUAAAAUUUUUUUAUUGGUUUCCAUGAAAGCAUUAGACUAGUUCUACUAUCUGACCAAGUUUGAACGAAAAAUGUUGAAAACUCGCAGAGUUAUUUAAUAAAAUACAUUUCGCUGCAAUAAGAAAAACAUUGAAAAUGUAAUAUUCAAAUUCAAUUUUCUCCCGAAGAAUUUUACGGUAAUUACUGAUUUUCAAACGAGUUGUUCUCCUGCGGGUUUUAACCAAUUUUUCUCAAAUUUUCACAGGACAUAGCUAAAGACGUCAGUUUCAAAAUUGUGUUCGGCUUUUUUUUAAUUUUGGAUAUUUUAAUAAUAAAGAGCAAUUCACUCAAACAAUUCAGAAAUAUAUUGUAGUCGUCAAAGAAAUCGCCAUAUCAGCGGAAUGACGAAAUAAACAAAAAUUUCCGAACACAAUUUUUUAGAACAACUAUUUUACUGUAUAAAAAUGAUAUUUUCAUAAAUAUAACUUAAAACCAGCAGGAGCACAACUCAAAAGUGUAACGGUACCGCGAUUUUAGAUUUUCCUGAAUAAUUCUUACAUUAUUUUAUUGUUUGUUAAUUUUACAACUUUACCAUAUUUUGCAUGCACUGACGAAUAUUUGGUGAAAAUUUGAUUAAAAUCGGACUGAUAUUGAGCGCGCGGUAGCGAUUUUACGCAAAACGCCAAAAAGGGUGUCCUGUAACCUUAACAGGUUUUAUAACACAAUUGUUUACUGAAUUAUGAUGAAUGUGGUGUAUAUUGUACUUAAUUAACACAUUUUCAGAUGAAAAAUGAUUUUAAGAAGAUGGAAGAAGAAAUGGACAAUCUGUCUGUAAAAAUGUCCGCUAUCACUGCAUUCAAUGAUAAGAUUAGCAACACUUUACAAGACAAACGCUUACAAAUUACGAAACUAUCUGGCGUCCAUGCUUUACUUCGUAAG